CCGAAGCCUGGAUGGUAUCAGUCUCCGGAUCCCACGACUUCCUGGGAAGGGCAAUUUCGCCCAUUCACUGAAAAAUCCAGUGGCAUUUCCGUAAAUACCCAAACCUGUCUCCCUCCAGCGUUUAAACGCCGUGGAGGAGACGACCGCCCACUAACAAUCCUCAAUCGAAAGCCUAGAAAUCCUUUCCGAGAGAGGAGAUUUUCUUUUCUUUCUUGCAAAUUCCAAAACCCUACCUUCUUCUUCUGCGAUCGCCCUCUCGGAAAUUCAAAUCAGGGAUUUUCCAAUACCAUUUCUAGAAGAUUCGGAAACGCAUCUCUAUCUUUCUCCUUUGAUUUUGCCCAUUUCGUUAUGGCGGACGCUCUUUCGAUAAUUCCGGCAGCGGUUCUUCGGAACCUCGCUGACAAGCUCUACGAGAAGCGCAAGAAUGCCGCUCUUGAGUUAGAAGGGAUUGUGAAGCAGCUAGCAAUGGCGAGAGAUCAUGGUCGGAUAACGGCGGUGAUAAGUCUGCUGACAUUGGAGUUCGCACGCUCCUCACAAGUGAAUCAUCGGAAGGGUGGAUUGAUUGGACUUGCUGCGGCAGCUGUAGGUUUGGCGACAGAAGCUGCUCAACAUCUUGAGCAAAUUGUACCACCAGUUCUUAAUUGCUUUUCUGACCAAGAUAGCAGGGUGCGCUAUUAUGCAUGUGAAGCAUUGUAUAACAUAGCAAAGGUUGUAAGAGGAGAGAUCAUUGUCUUCUUCAAUCAGAUAUUCAACGCUCUCUGUAAGCUCUCAGCAGAUUCGGAUGCAAAUGUGCAAAGUGCUGCUCAUCUUCUAGACCAUCUUGUAAAGGAUAUUGUAACUGAAAGCGACCAAUUCAGCAUUGAAGAAUUUAUACCGCUGCUAAGGGAGCGCAUGAACGUUCUAAAUCCUUAUGUCCGCCAGUUUUUGGUUGGCUGGAUCACAGUAUUGGAUAGUAAUCCUGAAAUUGACAUGCUUGGUUUUCUUCCAGACUUUCUUGAUGGUUUGUUCAACAUGCUAAGCGAUUCUAGCCACGAAAUACGGCAACAAGCUGAUUCUGCACUUACUGAAUUUCUUCAAGAGAUAAAGAACUCUCCUUCUGCAGAUUAUGGACGCAUGGCUGAAAUAUUGGUACAAAGGGCAGCUUCUCCAGAUGAAUUUACCCGGCUAACAGCUAUUACAUGGAUAAAUGAAUUUAUAAAACUUGGAGGAGACCAGCUUGUUGCUUAUUACGCUGACAUUUUGGGAGCUAUUUUGCCCUGUAUAUCUGAUAAAGAGGAGAAAAUAAAAGUGGUUGCUCGAGAAACCAAUGAGGAGCUUCGUGCAAUCAGGGCUGAUCCAGCUGAGGGAUUUGAUAUAAGAGCCAUCAUCUCUGUCGCAAGGAGACAACUAUCUAGUGAAUGGGAUGCUACCAGAAUUGAGGCCUUGCAUUGGAUUGCAACACUUUUGGCAAGACAUCGUGCUGAGGUCAUGUCUUCCUUGGAUGAGUUCUUUGACACCCUUCUCAAGACGCUAUCAGAUCCUUCUGAUGAGGUGGUGCUGCUGGUACUAGAAGUGCAUGCAUGCAUAGCAAGAGAUGCACCACACUUCCACCGUCUUGUUGUUUUUCUAGUGCAUAACUUCCGGACUGAACCUUCGCUUCUUGAGAAGCGUGGUGCGCUAAUAAUUCGUCGACUCUGUGUUCAUUUGGACGCUGAAAGGGUUUACCGAGAAUUUUCCACAAUCCUAGAGGGAGAAGCUGACUUGGAUUAUGCAUCCAUCAUGGUUCAGGCUCUGAAUUUGAUUUUGCUUACUUCAUCUGAAUUGGUUGAGCUGCGAGUACUUCUAAAGCAGUCAUUGGUAAAUGCCGCUGGCAAGGACUUAUUUGUUUCUCUAUAUUCUUCUUGGUGUCAUUCACCAAUGGCAAUAAUAAGUCUUUGCUUCCUAGGUCAGGCAUACCAGCACAUAAGUUCUAUCAUUCAGUCCUUGCUUGAGGAAGACAUAAACCUGAAAUUCUUGAUCCAGCUGGAUAAGUUGAUCUGCCUACUGGAUACUCCAAUUUUUACUUACCUAAGGUUGCAGCUUCUUGAACCUCGAAAACAUAUAUGGUUGUUGAAAUCCCUAUAUGGUCUUCUGAUGUUGCUUCCCCAGCAAAGUGCAGCCUUCAAGAUGUUACGAACUCGAUUGAAAAGUGUACCUUCAUAUGGUUUCGCUGUUGAGCAAUUCAAGCAAACCUCUUCAGGAGACCCAUACUCGGGGAUUUUACACCACGUGCCAAGAGAGGCGCAAAUCACUGAGGAUGGUGAUGGAAGCCAGGAAGAAAGGAAUGUGCACGAUGGUAUCAACUUCGCAUCAAGGCUGCUACAGUUCAAGCACAUGCAGCAACAACACCGCAUGCAUACCAGAUCACAAUCAUAGCCCUGUAACUCUGCUUUGUCCACAUUAUUGCGGGAAGUUGAAAAAAGACCAGAAGAACCCAGCCAACUUUCAACCAUGCAAGGCAUCAGCUGGCCACCUUCAAGAUCGUCAUGGAAGGCUCAAGCCUCAAGGACAGUGAUGGCAUUAGCCAUUUUGCUCAUUCUUACCUCCAAUCCAAGCUACUUGUUGCUGAUCUUGUCA